AUGAGAACUUACCGAUACUUCUUGCUUCUCUUUUGGGUUGGCCAGCCCUACCCAACUUUCUCAACUCCAUUAUCUAAGAGGACUAGUGGUUUCCCAGCAAAGAAAAGGACCCUGGAGCUCUCUGGAAACAGCAAAAAUGAGCUGAGCCGUUCGAAAAGGAGCUGGAUGUGGAAUCAGUUCUUUCUCCUGGAGGAAUAUACGGGAUCCGAUUAUCAGUAUGUGGGCAAGUUACAUUCAGACCAGGAUAGAGGAGAUGGAUCACUUAAAUAUAUCCUUUCAGGAGAUGGAGCAGGAGAUCUCUUCAUUAUCAAUGAAAACACAGGGGACAUACAGGCCACAAAGAGGCUGGACAGGGAAGAAAAACCUGUUUACAUACUUCGAGCUCAGGCUAUAAACAGAAAAACAGGGAGACCCGUGGAGCCCGAGUCUGAAUUCAUCAUCAAGAUCCAUGACAUCAACGACAAUGAACCAAUAUUCACCAAGGAGGUUUACACGGCCACUGUUCCCGAAAUGUCUGAUGUCGGCACAUUUGUUGUCCAAGUCACUGCAACUGAUGCUGAUGAUCCAACCUACGGAAACAGUGCUAAAGUUGUCUAUAGCAUCCUACAGGGGCAGCCUUAUUUUUCAGUUGAAUCAGAAACAGGUAUCAUCAAGACAGCCUUGCUCAACAUGGAUCGAGAAAACAGGGAGCAGUACCAAGUGGUGAUUCAAGCCAAGGAUAUGGGCGGCCAGAUGGGAGGAUUAUCUGGAACUACCACGGUGAACAUCACGCUGACUGACGUCAAUGACAACCCUCCUCGGUUUCCCCAGAGUACAUAUCAGUUUAAAACCCCUGAAUCUUCUCCACCGGGCACACCAAUUGGCAGGAUCAAAGCCAGCGAUGCCGACGUGGGAGAAAAUGCUGAAAUCGAGUACAGCAUUACAGAAGGAGAGGGGCUGGACAUGUUUGAUGUCAUCACCGAUCAGGAAACUCAGGAAGGGAUUAUAACUGUCAAAAAGCUCUUGGACUUUGAAAAGAAGAAAGUGUACACCCUCAAAGUGGAAGCCUCCAAUCCUCACGUUGAACCUCGCUUUCUCUACCUGGGUCCAUUCAAAGAUUCAGCCACAGUGAGAAUUAUGGUGGAAGAUGUAGAUGAGCCCCCUGUCUUCAGCAAACUGGCCUACAUCCUGCAAAUAAGAGAAGACGCUCAGAUAAAUACGACAAUAGGCUCGGUCACAGCCCAAGACCCAGAUGCUGCCAGGAACCCUGUCAAGUAUUCUGUCGAUCGACACACAGAUAUGGACAGAAUAUUCAACAUCGAUUCUGGAAAUGGUUCAAUCUUUACAUCAAAACUUCUUGACCGAGAAACACUGCUGUGGCACAACAUAACAGUGAUAGCAACAGAGAUCAAUAAUCCAAAGCAGAGCAGCCGAGUACCUCUAUAUAUUAAAGUCCUAGAUGUCAAUGACAACCCCCCAGAAUUUGCUGAAUUCUAUGAAACCUUUGUCUGUGAAAAAGCAAAAGCAGAUCAGUUGAUUCAGACCCUACGCGCCAUUGACAAGGAUGACCCUUACAGCGGGCACCAAUUCUCGUUCUCUUUGGCCCCCGAAGCAGCCAGUGGCUCAAACUUUACCAUUCAAGACAACAAAGACAACACAGCGGGAAUCUUUACUCGGAAAAAUGGCUAUAACAGACACGAGAUGAGCACCUAUCUCCUGCCUGUGGUCAUAUCAGACAACGACUACCCAGUCCAAAGCAGCACUGGGACAGUGACUGUCCGGGUCUGUGCAUGUGACCACCAAGGGAACAUGCAGUCCUGCCAUGCGGAGGCCCUCGUCCACCCCACGGGACUGAGCACGGGGGCUCUGAUUGCCAUCCUUCUGUGCAUCGUGACCCUACUAGUGACAGUGGUGUUGUUCGCAGCUCUCAGGCGGCAGCGGAAAAAAGAACCUUUGAUCAUUUCUAAAGAGGACAUCAGAGACAACAUUGUCAGUUACAACGACGAAGGAGGCGGAGAGGAGGACACCCAGGCCUUUGAUAUCGGCACCCUGAGAAAUCCCGAAGCCAUAGAGGACAGCAAAUCGCGCAGGGACAUUGUGCCCGAAGCCCUUUUCCUACCCCGACGGACUCCAGCAGCCCGUGAUAACACCGACGUCCGAGAUUUCAUUAACCAAAGGUUAAAGGAGAAUGACACGGACCCCACCGCCCCGCCCUACGACUCCCUGGCCACCUACGCCUACGAGGGCGCCGGCUCGGUGGCCGAUUCGCUCAGCUCGCUCGAGUCGGUGACCACGGAUGGAGACCAAGACUACGACUACCUUAGUGACUGGGGGCCUCGGUUCAAAAAGCUCGCGGAUAUGUAUGGAGGGGUGGACAGUGACAAGGACUCCUAA